AACUAAAUGGCUGACAUAAAGUCUAUACUCUAUACAAGAAGUAUUGGGACAACAAUGGGAUACUUCAUUGCCAUGUAAAUAUAUCACUUUAUAUUUUUAAAAGGAUUAACACACUUACUGCUUUUCUUUUUGUAGGUGAACCCCCCAUGACUGGAACAGGUACUUUGAUCAUCCACCUAACUGAUGUCAACGACUGUGUCCCCUAUCUGCUCACCCCUCACAUAGACAUGUGUGCGAACGAGACGGCCUCGAUGACCAAGCUGGCUGCUCAGGACGAUGAUGAGGACCCCUACUCUGGACCGUUCAGCUUCAACCUGCUGGAAAAGGAAAGCCUGAAGGGGAAGUGGAGACUGGAUCCCACCCACGGUUACACUGUGAAUCUCAUCAAAGGAGAAAAAGUUUACAGUGGAAUUUACAUCUUGCAUUUGGAAAUUAGUGACCGGCAAGGUGUGUCAUCGAAACACAACCUGACAGUGACCGUGUGCGACUGCCCAACUUCGGCUCCGGUCAACUGUGGAACAAGGAGACUGGGCAGUUCGACAACGGGAGCCAGUGCCGUUGGGAGCUUGUUUGCGGCCCUGUUUUUAAUGUUGGGUGUGUUUUGUUUUGCACUAUUUUUUUCAUGUGCUCCCAAAACAAUAGAGACACAUGAUGUUGGUGAUUGCACCAUGUUGCCAUACCAUUUCGAGCAUCCUGGCUCUGAUUGCAAGUUAGAUCAACUGGUUUCUAAGGAACCAGCAAAAAUGAUUCAAAAUGGGAGUAGUGCACAAGAACAAGAGGCGUCCAUUGUGGGUUUUCCGAUUUCAAAUGGAUCAAGUAGACUUAAGAAGCUGUAUUACAGUGCAGGUCAUGAGCAGUGGAGGACAGAAGGCAGCAAGAUGCACAUGCUCAGCGCUGACAGACGUGGAAGAUGGAAACAGCACACAGUCAGUGACAAUUCCAUGGGUUAUCUGACACUAUCUACAGUGAACAGAACAACAUCAGCAAGAUCAUCAUUUGCAUGGAAAAAAAAUUAUGCAUUUAACAGAAAUGGAGUUCUGAAUUCUAUGAUAAGACAGAGAGUUGAUUCAUUAUACUCUGGUCAAGAUGACUGCCUCGAGUAUAAUCCUCACCCAUAUGCCGAUGAAGGAGAAGAACCUGAAAUGCUGCAUCUUGAUGUCAUUUCCAUUCCUGACAGCGAGUUCUCACCUGAUCAGCUGCUAGACCUGGGGCCCAGGUUUAAAACCCUGGCAUGCAUUUGCAACCCUCAAGCUAACUAGAGCCGACUUGGCAGGCUAGAUCAUCAAUGGGCAGAGAAGAUAUAACUUCCAACCAGUAUUUCAGACAGUGAUGAACAAAUAGCUACCUGCUGAAGGGGGAAGAUUAGACUGCAGUGCCUGAUUGGUGCUGAAGAGAAGCCAAGUGAUAACACCCAGAGCUUUGUAAUACAUUCUUUACUGCUCACUGUGCGAGAUUGAAAACCAUUAAUGUAAACUGGGCUCUCGACAGGAACAAAAACCCUCGAGUACAUUGUCCUGCUGAGAAAGUGUUAUAUAAUGCAUCCGCCUUGAAAGUGGACCCUAACCAUUAUCAGAAUAAUUGGGUUCAUCAGUCACUGAAUCACUGUACUUUGACCUCUACCUGCAUCAAUUUGAAGUUGACUGAUUUAUUUCUGAAUGUACUGGAUGUGUUUCUUCUCAGAUCUGUCUAUUCUCUGAUCUGUCUAGCUUACUUGUGUGUGUGUGUGUGU